AUGAAUCGAGCUGAUAGAGCUCAAAAAAAUGUUGGAUACACUCAAGAAGAGCUUACCCGGAUUAAGAAGGCUUUAGAGAAACAGCUUGGGCCUGAGUUUAUCAGUAAGAGAAAGGGCCCCGGUUACAAUAGCAUCCAGUAUUUAGAGGGCUGGAAGGCAAUCAAUCUAGCAAAUAGUAUAUUUGGACCGAAUGGAUGGUGUACAGAAUUGAGAAACUUUCAGGUUGAUUAUAUUGAUGAAAGAGGAGGGUCUAUUAGUAUGGGUCUAAGUGCCAUUGUGAGAGUUUCUUUGAAGGAUGGCACUUAUCACGAGGAUAUCGGAUACGGAUCAAUCGAUAACUGUCGCACAAAAAGUGCGGCAUUUGACAAAUGCAAGAAAGAGGCUGUGACUGAUGGUAUGAAGCGCGCCUUGAGACAAUUCGGUAACGCGUUGGGUAACUGUCUAUAUGACAAAGAUUUCCUUUCAAAGGUGAUCAAGGUCUCUCAGCCUCUAAGAAAAUUUGACGAGAGGAAUUUGAUGAGGGUUCCGGUUAAGGAUGAGGCCUCUCAACCAGGACCUCCCUCAAGCGAAAAAGGUGCGCGUAUGAAGGAGAAAUGCGUUAGUUCACGGUCAGUGAAGUCAGUGGCUCUUCCCAAUAAUUCUCCUUCUAAUGAUUUAUCAGAUGAUUCGUUCAUGUUUAGUGACGAUUGGCCAGAAGAGAUCAGUCAGAAUAACAAUAACCUUCCAGGUAAAGCUAUAUCAGAUUCUGAACCAGAGGUGGAAGAGAAGGAUGGCAAGAAGAGUAAGAAUGCUGCAAAGGAAACAUCUCAGGCAGCAUCUAGUUCAAUACCUGCUAAUGUAACAUUUGUCUGUGCAAAGAGUGCGGAAGCAAUUCUUAAAGAUCCUUCUCUGCAGGCAACCUUAAAAUAUGACCCUAACCACCAAUCGCAGAUCUCCAAAUCCCGCUUCAUAAACCACUCUACAUCUGCGCCUGUCAAAAGGUCAAUUGUUACCGGUUCAAAGCAUCGCGAUGAUAAUAAAGAGAAUACAUAUACGAGUUCCAAAGGCAAACGAGAUAUUGGCCUUCCAUCAAAACAAUUGCAAAACAAGCGGCUCCACAAAUGA